UACUGCCUCUCCCUGUUUCCGGAUCAGCCCUGGCCCCCAGCCCUUAUCUCCUCCAGCCCCUGGGCUGUUUGUGAAGGAGACUAUAAAGGGCUUGACUAGUAGAGCAGAGGGGGAGUAAAAGCAGCUCCCAACAACACUGGGUGUCUGCUUGACUCAGCACGUCCUGCUCUGCACCAUGGGGAAGAACAGGCUGCUCAUCAAGCCAAGCAUCUUCCUGCUUCUCCUCUUCAUCCUUCUGGGAGACACCUCACCCAUCACAGAGCCGCAGUAUAUGGUGCUACUGCCCUUUGUGAUACACACGGAUUCUCCUGAGAAAGUCUGUGUUCAGCUGACCCACCUGAAUGAGUCUGUGACUCUGAGUGCCACACUCGAGCAUCAAGGGGAGAACAGAAGCUUGAUUGAUGAUGUGGUGUCAGAGAGGGACGUGUUCACCUGCAUCCCUUUCUCUCUUCCAAAAUCAAACAACCUGUUACCAGGCACAUUUCUCAGUGUGACGGUGAAGGGGCCCACACUGCAGUUCACGAGCCGCAAGUUGGUGCUGGUCCAUAAUUCUGAGAGCUUGGUCUUCGUCCAGACAGACAAACCCAUCUACAAGCCUGGACAGACAGUCCUGUUUAGAAUUGUUUCUCUGGAUGAAGAGUUCCAUCCCUUGAAUGAAGUGUUUCCACUGGUGUAUAUUGAGGACCCAAAGAAAAACCGUCUGUACCAGUGGACACAGGUAGAGUUAAACAAGGGAUUUAUACAGCUGUUCUUCAACCUCACCUCUGAACCUAUGCAAGGGACCUACGCAGUGGUGGCACAGAAGACCUCUGGGAAGAAAAUUCAGCAUUCUUUCUCUGUGGAGGAAUAUGUGCUGCCAAAAUUUGAAGUAACCGUGAAAAUGCCUAAGGUGAUCACCAUUCUUGCUGAGAAGCUGGAGGUGACAGUUUGUGGACUAUACACAUUUGGGAAGCCUGUUCCUGGUCUUGUGAGCUUCCGUGUCUGCCGCAAGUUUGAACAUGCAGGCCGUACCUGCUAUGGUGAAGAGGAUAAAGCAGUGUGUGAGGAGUUCUCCGGACAUACAGACAACUAUGGCUGCAUUUCUGAAACAGUAAAGACCAAGUUAUUCCAGCUCAAGAGAGGUGGAUAUCAGAAUAAGCUCUAUGUGGAGGCUAAAAUUAAAGAGGAGGAUACAGGAGUGGAGUUGACUGGAACAAGCUUCUCUGAGAUCACAAGCACCAUUAGUAAAAUCACCUUCGAGCGUUCAGAUUCCUACUACAAACGUGGAAUCCCCUUCUUUGGGCAGGUGAAACUAGUGGAUGGGUCUGAUGCUCCAAUUGCCAAUGAAACUGUGAGGAUUUCUUUUCAAGGAGGACAGGAAGAAAACUACACAACAAAUGAAGAGGGCAUAGCACAGUUUGCCCUAAACACUUCCAUGUUGUCCUUUGACACUGUUGGAAUUAGGGCAGUUCAUAAAACACAUCCCUACUGCUAUGACCGUUCCUGGGUUGUUCCCUAUUAUGCAGACGGCUUUCUCCAGCUAAAGAGCUUUUACUCUCCUAGUAAUAGCUUCCUCAAAAUUGAGCCCAGGUCUGAGACACUAAGCUGUGGCUCCUCUGCAGAGAUCCGGGUGCAUUAUAUCCUUACUCCAGAGGCCAUAGCAGAGCAGAAGAAAAUCACCUUUUACUACCUGGUGAUGGCCAAGGGAAACAUUAAACACGCAGGCACCCACAUUCUGGAUUUGGACCAGGAGAGUGCCAGUGGUGCCUUCUUGCUACAGCUGCCUGUACAAUCUGAUAUUGCUCCAGUGGCCCAAGUACUUAUUUACACCACUGCCCCCAGCAGGGAGGUGAUCGCUGAUUCAGCCAAGUUCAGCAUAGAAUUAUGCUUCAACAAUAAGGUGGACUUAAGCUUCUCUCCUUCAGAAGGCCUGCCUUCCUCUGAUGCUCACUUGCUGUUCAGAGCCUCCCCGAACUCCCUCUGUGCUGUCCGUGCUGUGGACAAGAGCGUUCUCCUCAUGAAGCCAGAAGCUGAUCUGUCACCUGCCUCUGUGUAUAACUUGCUGCCGGUGAAGGAAUUGCAUGGCUAUCAGCAUGAUCUAAACAUGCUCUUUGAGGAUCCCCUGGACAAUUGCACUCCCAUGAAGCAAAUAGUUGUGGAUGGGAUCACCUAUGUUCCAGUAACAGGGAGGAAUGAAGACGACACUUAUAGCAUCCUAAAGGCUAUGGGUUUAAAGGUCUUCACAAAUACCAGGGUAAGGAAACCUUGGUACUGCAGCCCUGUAAAUUACGGCUACUCCGUCCUUCCAGAAGCUGGCCUUGCAGCAGGCGCACCUGGAGCACCUAUGUAUGCAAUGAGGACAAGUGGCCUUCUGGGAGAUACAAUUUAUGAGACAUCAAGCAGUCCUGCAGUGGUGACAGAGACAGUCCGAAAGUAUUUCCCAGAAACCUGGAUUUGGAGUUUAGUACCUAUAAG